AAGUCAUGACCACGGAAAACAAGUCCCAGUCGAAGCGGAAAAAUGGAGUUGCCUGUUCAAGCUCGAUGGGAAAACAGAAACGGAAGCGUAUUGGGGAGCAAGGAGGACGGGCAGCAAAGUCAACUCCUUCCCGACAGACCUUGACCGUAAAUGCCACGGAGUCAGAAGCAUUCCCAAAAAUUAGUCUUAGCCCCGAAGACAAUUCAAAUGUCCUUGAAUCGAAAUCCCAUGUAGCUGUGGACUGCAAGAGGAGCACUUCUGACAAGUCAAAAGAGGCAAAGAAAGUCAAGAGAUCGACGAGAGCGGCUGACUAUCACAAACCACCGGUGGAGCGCUCAGAGGCUUAUGCCGCCAGUCUCCGCACCCGAAAAGGUGCACCUGAUCCAGAAGAGGACGACCGUCCUCCAUCUAACACAUUUACGUACAAGAAAAACUACCAGCUUCACGCAACAUUUGCAGACACCUACGCUCAAGGACCGUUCACUACCGGAGAACGUGAGAGAAUCCAGCACGCCAUCGACCUAUACUUAGAGGAGCAUGCCAUACCUAAGGAAGACCUUCCUUUGCUGAUUACCCGGCGCACCAAAUUGACCGAUACGGAGGGGGCACCGAUAGAAAAUCCAUACGCAAAUAAGCGGUAUACCAAAUGGAUGCUUCAAGUACACAGAGCUGCACGAAUUAACCGCACCCUUUCACAAUUGAUGGUUUACUUGAAGAGGACGUAUAAUGCAACAUGGGACUGUCAGCCUAGAAAGGUCAAGAUGGAGUGGACUGAAGAAGCAGAUGACAGGCUAAGGGCCCUAGUGCUAAGAGGGAUGAAAUGGGCAGACAUUGAUCGAGAGAUGGGCCUACGUGAUAAUGCUAGUAGGUUGCGCUGGCGGCGGAUUAUGUUUUGGGAGAAAUGCCCGAAAGAUAUUCGAGAGAGAACCUGGACGAAAGAGGAGCACGAACGGCUGGUGACAAUCGUCAAAGAAGUCAUGGAACGCGACGGUAUUGACGAUCCUCUCAAAUUCAACCAGUGGUCGCUGGUUGCCGCGAAGUUCGAAACCAGAAGUGCCUCACAACUCCGGUGGCAAUGGUAUAAAAAUAUCGCGAGCUUAUCGGAAUUCGAGUCUGAGGAAACACCACGGCCAGUUUGGACUACAAACGAUGACCGGGAGCUGCUAUCCCGAAUGCUGGCUCUCUGUGACGGCGCAUAUGAUGAGUCUGAAGUCGACUGGGAUGCUUUGAAGGGUGAGGAUUGGAAGAUGUGGCCUGCUAGCAAACUCAAAGAGCGAUGGCUUAGAGCAAGAGCGCGAGUUCCAGAUUUGGAAAGCUACACUUUCAUUGAGACUGUGAGAAUCGCGUUAUCACUUAUGCCCCUACCUAACAUCAAAUCCGAGGAGUUCAUUGAGGAUAGCGAUGAUGAAAAGAUUGAUCAAGUAGAAUUGCUUCCCGAUACCCUUGAUAGCGAAGAAGAGGACCUAGAUUUUAGUAUAGUAAGGCGGGAUCUGCAAGUCAGAGUGGAGGGAGCUGCUAAUGCGAAGGACCAGUUGAAUAGGGAGUUGGAAUUCGAUAGGACACGUCCUAUUGACUUGGCAGCAAGACCGGACAUUGACAUCUAUGAUCAGGAAAUUUGCGAAGGACAGGAUGCAGAGUUAGCGGAUGAACAUCAGCCAUUGCGAGCAGAUCACGCAGAUUCGGCCCGUGGACAGACUAAAAGGUCAAACCCCGAUGAGAGCCAUCAGAAAGGAGAUAUACAACAUCUGCAGGCACGGAUAAAAAAGAAGAAAAAGAAAAGUUCGUCGCGCGAGAAGAAUCAAUCCCAAGGGAUCCCUGAAAGAAAAAAGCUGAAAAAAGAAGGUGGCGGAGAUGCGCUGAUACAACUCGAUCAGGCACAUGCUACUGCUCUUCAUGGAUCUGAGACAGCGGAAAAGCGGAAACUUCAGCAUUCAGAUGACGAGAAACUGCAAAAGAAGAAGAAGAAAGUGAAGCGGGUGCCAGUCGGGAAGGAGACCACUCGACCUAAUGUUCAAGAGAAUGUAGCUGCAUCGACAAGUCAACAAGGUAAUGGAUCUGAGAAGCGGGCGAAAAUAAAGAAAAAGAAGAAAAAGGAACAGUUGAGCCGGUGA